AUGUCUCACAACUCGACCAAGAUGAUCGAUCUUCAAGCUUUUCCGAAAGAUAUUUUCACUCUUAUUAUUGAACAACUCGUGAUUGGCGUUGGUAUUCACACAGCGGUUCGUCUGCGGACCGUGAACAAAUCUUUCGACACCGCCAUUAUCGAAGCUAUUUGUGUUAGUCAAGUCGUUGACAUAUACGAUCCCGCUACACCGGACCUAGUUUAUUUCAUAGGCUCUACUCUCAGGGGCAAGAUCUUUCUCACCAAAUUGCUUUCUGCUAAAGCGACCAGUAAACCCCAUUUUUCCGUCAUCGCUCAGGUCUGCCAGACGCUAGAUGACCUAAUUGGCGAGACGGAUGAGGUCUUGGUCAAGUGUAGACACAAUAAUAUCUCAGAAGCGGUCGGCUCUUUGUAUUCUGUAUACUCUCGCGAUAAACCAGUCGACGCCGAACUAGAAGUGCAGAAUUUGCUGAGUGGAGCAAUCCUUUGCCAAUCUCUACCUCUCGUCAAAUUAUUUGUUGAGUCUUUUGCAGAUGUUAACGGCGCUACACCAUACUUUGGGAGACCAUUGAAUCUCGCUGCAUCUACGGGAAAUCUUGAAAUUUUUCUCUAUCUCUUAGAUUGCGGCGCGAGUACAGUGUCGUUUUCCAGCACCAAUCAAUAUGAAGACAUCCACGGGGAAGAGUCUGACUGGAAAUCACCGGACGAGGCAGCACUCUGGCACAUAGCAUCAACUUAUAGGGACCCCCCGGCCAGCACAUUGCGUGCAGCGGUGCUCGGUGGCCAUGAAAAGAUUAUUGACCUAUUGCUACUCCCGCAACACCUAGUGUGUGCUUCUAGAUUCGAAUAUUUCCGAGCAAUUCUAGUAGCUGUAAGAUCUGGUCGCCUUGAUCUCAUCAAGAAACUAUUUCAUAUUACGGGGAAAGAGUUAUCAGAGUUUCCUGGGUUCGGAAAAGAAAUGAUCUGGGAAGCGGUUCGCUGCGACAGGAAAGAUGUGGUUCAAUUUCUUCUCGACAAUGGUGUAGACAUCAACGUUUUCCCAGACCCAGACAUUCGCACAUAUCGUGGCACACUUCAAAUCGCCGCUUCCCGUGGGAACAUCAGCAUGGUGAGUUUUCUCAUAGAACGAGGAGCGGAUAUCAAUUUUAAUGGGCCCAACAAAGCUGGCGGUCUACCAAUUGAGGUCGCUGCACAGUAUGGGCAGGAAGAAGUAGUUGGGCUACUUCUUGAACACGGUGCCGACCCUAGUAAAGCCCUUCGAAGCGCUGCAAAAGGAUCACAACAAAGGGUGGUUAAAUUGUUGCUGGAAAAAUUCACAGACUUGCCCUUCCAAGAAGAUGGAGAUGUAGGUAGAGAAGCACUUUGGAAUGCCAUCGCUGCCCGAAAUCUCACAGCUAUUGCCCUUCUCGUUGACGCUGGAAUUUCCCUCAACGACGGCUACGAAUACUCGACCUUGCUCCCCAUAAACAUCGCAAAACAGGGUCCAGGGCCAUGGGUUGUCAACUAUUUGAUUUCACUCGGUGCACAAGAGACGGAUGCUGUUGCCUAUACAGAUGAAUGUCCGGUAAAUAUCAGAGGGAUACUUGUUUCCGAACGUACAUGGGAAUGGGUCAGUAAGUAUUAG